AUGUCGAACCUUACGGUUGAGCUCACGGCGCCGAAUGGCACGAAAUAUAGCCAGCCCAUCGGCCUGUUCAUCAACAAUGAAUGGGUGCCUGGUACCAAAGGAGACAAGAUCACGUCCAUCAACCCCACGGACGAGUCCGAAAUUGCUUCCGUCCAUGCUGCCGAGCCCGAAGAUGUCGACAAGGCGGUAGCCGCUGCCCGCGCGGCGUUCAAGGGCCCUUGGAGAGAUAUGGCGACUUCGGAGCGGGGAGACUUGAUGAUGAAUUUGGUGCAGCUUAUCCAGAAGAACCGGGAGUUGCUGGCGACCAUUGAGACGUGGGAUAAUGGCAAACCGUACUCGGUCUCGUUGAAUGAAGACUUGAACGAAGUGACAAACACGCUCAAGUACUACGCUGGCUGGGCGGACAAGAUCCAAGGCCAAGUCAUCGACACCAGCCCUGCCAAACUCGCGUACACCAUUCGUGAACCGAUCGGUGUCUGUGGACAGAUUAUUCCAUGGAACUAUCCUCUAGCCAUGGCUGCUUGGAAGUUGGGACCCGCCAUCGCAACGGGCAACACCGUCGUUCUCAAGGCAGCGGAGCAAACCCCUCUCAGUAUCUUGGUUUUCGCAAACCUCGUAAAAGAGGCAGGCUUCCCACCCGGCGUGAUCAACAUUCUCAACGGCCGUGGCAAAGUCGCAGGCGCCGCAAUGGCCCUCCACCCUGGAAUCGACAAGAUCGCCUUCACCGGCUCCACCGCCACAGGCAAAGAGAUCAUGAAGAUGGCCGCGCUGACCAUGAAGAACAUCACUCUGGAGACGGGCGGCAAGUCGCCUCUGCUCGUCUUCGAUGAUGCCGAUCUUGAACAGGCCGUGAAGUGGAGCCAUCUCGGCAUCAUGAGCAACCAAGGCCAAAUCUGCACCGCGACGUCCCGCAUCUUGGUUCAAGAAGGCAUCUACGACAAGUUCAUCGAGGCCUUCAAGAAGUGUAUUCUGGAGACGUCCAAAGUCGGCGAUCCGUUCAAAGACGAUACGUACCAGGGACCGCAAGUCACCAAGGCGCAGUACGAGCGAGUGUUGAGCUAUGUGGAGGCUGGCAAGAAGGAUGGCGCGACACUGGCCAUGGGUGGCGAGGCGUACAAGGAUGUCGGCGGAAAGGGCUUCUUCGUCUCGCCUACCGUCUUCACCAACGUCACCGACAGCAUGCGCAUCUUCCGGGAGGAAGUUUUUGGCCCCUUCGUCGUCGUCGUCUCCUUCAAGACGGAAGAAGAAGCGCUCGCUCUAGCCAACGACACCACCUAUGGCCUCGGCAGCGCAGUCUUCACCAAGGAUGUCGUGCGAGCCCAUCGCAUUGCACGCAAGAUCGAAGCGGGCAUGGUCUGGAUCAACUCCAGUCAAGACUGUGACUACCGGAUUCCAUUUGGCGGUGUCAAGCAAUCUGGCAUUGGCCGGGAGUUGGGCGAGGCGGGCCUGGAUGCGUAUACGAAUAAGAAGGCGGUGCAUGUUAACUUGGGGACUUGGCUGUGA